CGUGAGCCGGGCGCCACCCCGCGCCCGCCCCUUGUCCCCUCCCCGGGCGCCGAGGCCCGGCCCCGCGGCGCUCCGGCCCCACCCGGCCCUGCCCCCAGCCCCGGGAGCCAACGCUUCCCCCGCGGGCGGGCGGGCGCGGGGAGCGGUUGGCGCGCGUGUGUUCGCGCAGUGGGAUGCCGGUGGGAGGGAGAGUGUACCCAGGGACGCGCGCGAAUCCCUGCCGGUAGACGAAGGCGCGGCUGCAUGUGUGGGGGCAGCUCGCGGGCUGCGGAGCCUCCUGUGUUUGUGUUUGGGGUUUAUCAAGUGGUUAAGCUCCUAAAUUCUUUAGCCAAGAGCUAUGUACCCAACAGGCAGACUGCUCAGUCCGUGGAUAUUGUGUAAAUGUCUGGAAUGUACACCUGCUACCUCUCCCCUGGUAUCCACAGUUUAACAAAGUAAAUAGAAGAUCUCAAGGAGGAAUAUGGAAAACCUUAUGGGGGAAGUGGAAUUAUUACCUCCGCUUCAAAAAUCAGGACGUGAACCCAGGAACUUCCCUUCUGCAAAGGGCACAAAUCCUCCAAGAAGAAAUUGCUGCUUUUAUACCUCAGCAACUUCUACUCCGCCCCUGCCAAACCAUUAUUUAUUACUAACUUAGUAUUCAGGGACUCUUUUUAGAUGGUUUCCUCUAAGAAAAGUGCAUUUGCCCCUCCUAUGUGACUUCCGUACAUCAGUGGCUUUCUGGCGCGAAGACACCCCCGCAUCUUUGCAGACACUGCCCUGCAGCUUUCUGGCGGUGGAAACUACAUUUCCCAGAGGUCUAUUCGUCCGCGCGAAAAUCUCUUUCCCGGCUCCUGGAGGCAAAGCGGAAAAAACUAACGACGUUUCGCGCGGCAGUGUGGGUGGGAGAAAUAAAGGGCUGAACAGACGAGGCCCUGCAGCGCUCGCGUACCCCAAAAUGGCUCGGAGGCAGGAGGAGCAGAGAGGGGGCGCGCCCUUGAUGGCGGAAGGCAAGUCGGACGCGGAGGUUAGGCUCAUUCUGUACCAUUGGACACAUUCUUUCAGCUCUCAAAAGGUGCGCUUGGUAAUUGCUGAAAAGGCAUUGAAGUGCGAGGAACAUGAUGUAAGUCUCCCCUUGAGUGAGCACAAUGAGCCUUGGUUUAUGCGUUUGAACUCAACUGGAGAAGUGCCUGUCCUUAUCCACGGGGAAAACAUUAUUUGUGAGGCCACUCAGAUCAUUGAUUAUCUUGAACAGACUUUCCUGGAUGAAAAAACACCCAGGUUAAUGCCUGAUAAAGGAAGCAUGUAUUACCCACGGGUACAACAUUAUCGAGAACUGCUUGACUCAUUGCCAAUGGAUGCUUAUACCCAUGGCUGCAUUUUACAUCCUGAGCUAACUGUGGACUCCAUGAUCCCAGCUUAUGCAACCACACGGAUUCGCAGCCAAAUUGGUAACACAGAAUCGGAAUUGAAAAAGCUUGCUGAAGAAAACCCAGAUUUACAAGAGGCAUACAUCGCAAAACAGAAGCGACUUAAAUCAAAGCUGCUUGACCAUGACAAUGUCAAAUAUUUGAAGAAAAUUCUUGAUGAAUUGGAGAAAGUCUUGGAUCAGGUUGAAACCGAGUUGCAAAGAAGAAAUGAAGAAACCCCAGAAGAGGGCCGCCAGCCUUGGCUCUGCGGAGAAUCCUUCACCCUGGCAGACGUUUCUCUUGCUGUCACAUUACAUCGACUGAAGUUCCUGGGGUUUGCGAGGAGAAACUGGGGAAAUGGAAAGCGACCAAACUUGGAAACCUAUUACGAACGUGUCUUGAAGAGAAAAACAUUUAACAAGGUGUUAGGACAUGUCAACAAUAUAUUAAUCUCCGCAGUGUUGCCAACAGCAUUCCGGGUGGCCAAGAAAAGGGCCCCAAAGGUUCUUGGCACUACCCUUGUGGUUGGUUUGCUUGCAGGAAUGGGAUAUUUUGCUUUUAUGCUUUUCAGAAAGAGACUUGGCAGCAUGAUAUUAGCACUUAGACCCCGACCAAAUUAUUUCUAGGCUUGUAGAGAUUUAGUGGUGGUGACUCAUCCAACCAUUCAACUAGACUCUUGUAUACUCUUCCAGGCCCAGUGAAGAAUGACCCUGGGCCAUUAGUAAAAAGUAUAAUUUACUUUACUCUUUGGGUAGUUUUGUGGGGAGAGGAGGUGAUGAAAAUGUUUUUGUGGACUGGUGACUUUGAGAUUACUUACUUGCAAAUCUGAACUAAUCCAUCCUUAAAACAUGUGCAAGGUCAAGAUAUGUAAAUGCUGAUAGAGUAUUAAUCUUUAACUCAGAAUGCAAGUUCAAGUUCUGAAUUACUUUUUGGGAGGAGGUUCUUACUAGGAGCAGACAGUAAUAAUCUGUGAUUGUCCAUAGCUCUUCAUCUGAGGUGAACUGGAUGUUUUGAAUGUACAGCAGUUAACAACAUUUUCCACUGAAAUUCAGAAAUCAUCUUUGUUUUACAAGCUGGGUUCAGACAGCAGCAGGGCACAACAGUGCUUCACAUGAUCACUGUUAGAUUCAGGCAGAAAUAAGAGAGACAAAGGGAACAGAGAGAGGGAAAAGAGGGAAAAGGAAGUCUAUAUAGUGAAGAGCAGUAAAGGGCAACCUCCAGGUGCCACCAAUGCCACUCAGUGGCUGCCUGUCCCCUUAGUAAACAUUAGAGUUUUGUGGCCCCUGCCCACAUAUCCUCCUAUACUUAAGACCUUGGGAAGAGCACUAGGGAGUUACUGGUGGGAGUGGGCUGGAGAAAAUUCUGGGCUUUACACUAACAGUACCUCCUCUGACCUUAGUAUUAAUUUUAAAUGCAUAUGAAUCACACUCAUUGUUUUAAUAAGAUUAACUGCUUAUAUACUUGGGUAUGAAAUGACCACUGGAACGUGUCUGCCUAGCAUUUACAUGAAAAUCUUAAGUGCUAUAAAAUGGUUCCUUUCUUUUCCUCACAGUUCCCCCAGUUGGAUGAUGCCUGUGAGAUAUCCCUCCUUUGGACUUUUUGUCCAGUCACUGGGGGUCUGAGCUUAUAUAGCCCUUUUUAGCACACAAGUGGAAGUCAGGUGAAUGUCUCAGCUAAUCACCAACAUGGCAUGUGGCUGGGUCGUGGAUAGUUUAAUGAUCUGGAAGGAUUAAAUAUGCCCAUUCUGUGUUUGAAGAGGCUGGUGUGUUUAAGAAAAAAACAACUGUGGUCUAGACCUUGCAUCUGUUUAUUGUCCUUAACAAAGUCUUAAAAGUUUAAAGAGAAAGAGAAGGAGAAAGGUCUAGUCUUAGUCCAUGGAAAUUAAUUUGGGGAAAUGAAAUAAGUUCAUAGUGAAGUCCACUUAUAUUCAUUUAUGUAUGUUUAGGCGUUUCGGGGGUACCUCAGUCCAUCUGGAAGGGACAAUCCCAGGGUGUCCCAUGAACAACCAUGGAAUUGCAUCAUACACAGUUUGUGCUCAGGAAAAAAUUUUCAUGGUGACAGGAGGAUACAGAUUCCCUGGAGCUGGCCUGAAGGGAGUUGGGGGAUAGUUUUAGAUCUCUGGCUGGAAGUAUGUAUAGAGAAUGAUGAGCUAAGGUUCCAGCAAACAACAAAAGCUUUUUGGAUUGCCUCAGAUUGGCUAUGCAAAACAGGCAAAGAAUGUACUGACUUUUUCAUUAACAGGAAACAGUCAUACUUAGGAAAUGACUUUUGGAUGGUAAAAUGAGUCUAUAAUUCCAUUUCAUGAAUCAGUUAUUUUAGAGAGUCUUGAAAUGGAUAUUCCUUGUUUACAAAAAUUAAUAACAUCUCAGUGUAAACUCAAUACAACAAUAACUAACAGACUGGCAGCUUUUCUAAUAUCUUAAUAUUGCCCCUCAGUGCAUUGUCAUCGAGACUGGCUGGAUUUAUUUAUUGCUGGGACAUUCCAGUUCAUAUUCCUAAAAGAGCCACAAAACUGAUUAUUUAGUAGUUCAUCAUGUUUCAGAGAUCUUUAUAUAACCCUAUUAGAAGCAAGAAUUCAGACAUGAAGAGAAUGAAAUUGGAUUUUUAUAAAAAUCUACAAAGGAUACUUACCAAUGUAAAGGUAGUUGAUUAAGAACAAAGAUUAGAAACCCAGUGCUGGCUUUUCUUAAAUUUAUUUUAUUACUAAGUCAGAGAAAGUCUACUGGGAAGUGUAAUUUUCUGAUAUAGUUUCAUUGGAAAUAUUCUUGUGUUAAUAUUAAAGGUGAUGCAUCCUAGUGAUUUCACUUGUUUCGUGGAUACCCUUGGUUUGGACUUAUAAAAUGUUUGGGAUCAUAAUGCCCACUAGAUGUCGCUGUUUAUACAGUAGUCUGAGACUGGGCAUUAGGUUCAGCAAGCCUUCUAAAAUGGCUCAAGUGAAGAUAAACAUUAAUGACCUUAGUUUCUGAAAUGAGGGCAUCUUGAUCAGAUCAUUCAUCUGUAAAAAAGCUUGAGGCACAUGUAGUAUUGAUUUCUAAUGCUUGGGAAGGGAUAACAAUAUCACACAAUAUCAGGCUAAAGAGCUAAACAUAUACUGUUAGCAAAAUAAGCACUUUUGUCUAUUUUUUUUUCCCCAUGAUCAUUGGUGACUGGCCAGUGUACUCCUCAGUUUCCAAAGUUUGUAUAAAUAUCAAAAUUAUAAACAUGCCUGAGGUACUAAAUUUAGGUUGACUAUGUAUGUCUUAAUAUAUAAAUGCUAUUUUAUUGUUACUACAAUUACAUGCCUUUUGAAUCAAUUUCCCUUAAUUGCACAUAGUUGUAAAUGUUUGCUUGAUUUUUAGUGAUUAUUGAUAUUGACACCAGAGUUGUAUAUAUUUUGGUGUUGUUGAAUGUGAUAGAUCAAGAUACUAUUCUGCCUGUAAGAUCAAUAAAAGUAACUGGAUAAUCAAUAUGAACUCUACAAGUACUAAUUUUAUAAUAUUUUUAAAGAAAACAGAUUUCAUUUAAAAUCAUAACAUAGUGUGGUAAUUGGACAGAAUAAAAUAAGCAGAAGUUAGAUAUUAAAGAUAUUUAGUUACAAGAUGCCAUAUUUUCCUUAUAAUAAUUACUCAUGAUUUAUUUAAAUACACAUAAUUUUAUCAUUAAAAUAAGUGGUAGCUUAAAGAAUAACAUAUUGCUGUGGGGUCCCUGGGUGGACAGUUGGUUAAAUAUUCAGCUCUUGAUUUUUGGCUCAGGUCAU